AUGGAACAAUCGACGUCUGUGAACAACGCAAGGGACGACAUCGCCGCCAGGAACAGGCUGAAAGCUUUCAAACUGGGCAAAGGCCUCCCAUCUGUAAUCCCCCCUACUGGACGUACCCACACACAUGCACGCUCACACUCACGAAAUGCCUCAAUUUCUUCAAUUUCUUCUUCAUCCCUUUCUUCCUCUUCAAACUCCAUGACCGUUCACGACUUUCCUUCUUUUUCUUUUCCUGCCACCAGCGCCAACCUCGCAGGUACAACGCAACUAGCAAACCCGGUCCCUCCUUCAAAACGAAACUCUCAUCAUCGCCGUCGCUCUUCCGUGUCUACUCGCCACGAAUCAGCCGAGAUGAUGGGUGUCACUAUUCCCGAUUUGCCGCACUGUCCCUCUGACGACAAUGUCAAUCUUGGCGAGAAGGAUUCCAUUCGUCGCCGUGCUCUGUGGGCCCUUGAGGGUAAACCAGAUGCGCCUUGUCCUAAAGUUGAAAUACCCGAGUUAUCUAAUUCCGACAUGGAGAGACUCAUCUUCGAUUUUCAAACGAAGCCGUCCUAUUCGGCGGGGUCGAGUUCAAGCUACGGAAGUGGGCUUAACUCUUUGUUGGUAGGGAAUAAACGAGAUUCUUUCAAACUUCUCGCUGCCUCCGGUUCUUCGAAGGACCAGCUUCAUACCCUUAUCGAAGAAGAAGAGGAGGAGGAGGAAGAGGAGGAGAAAGGGAAGAGUCAAGGUGGACCUGAACAUUCGUUCCCCUCUCCCACUUCUUCCAUCGAAAUGUCUCUGCCCACAACACCCAUCAACCCUCCACCUAUCGUUGCUGUGACCAAGUCCAUCCCGUCGCGGCCGCGGCCCGCUACUCUGAACCUCCGCCCACUGUCACUUACACCUGACAAUCUAAUUACGACGGUUCAGGGAUUACCAACACCAUCGCCUACCCCUAGUCCUACAACGGGGCUAGGGUCUCUUCCUUUGAGUCCAUCCCCGCACAAUGACGCCGCUACCACGAUUGUUCCCCCAGCUCAAAGUACCUCGUCGCGGCGGCCCAUUCUCAAUCUCAAAAUGGAUCAUUGUGAGAGCCCUUCACCCAUGUCAGGGCAGGUUGACAACAAGAAACCCGCCCGAAGGAGCAGCAUCUCCUAUAAGCGCUCCUCCCAUGGCGUCGCUAUCAACAUGUCGGGUCUUCCAACUCCUGAGAUGACUCCUACCUUCAGCCGGAGAUAUUCCGUAGCCGAAUCAGUGAGGAGCAGCAGUAGCGGAGACGAUGAGUUUUUUCCGAACCCCCCAGCGCAAGCGAAGCCUCUCAGCGUGAGUGAGCAGCAUUUUCUCUUCAAAUCGCAUAAUGCGCUUCUUGCGCGGAUAACCGAUCUGGAGCGGGCUCUAUCGACACGGAGAUUGUCGAGCGGGUUCUCAAUAAAUGAAAGUUCGAGGCCCAAUUCCGUGUCUUCGAAUUUCUCGUCCUCGAGCGAUUUAGGCAGUAUGUCUGGCGGGGCCAGCGAUGAGAUGUUCAGUUUUGUCCGUGAUUUGAAAUCCGAGCGAGAUGAGCUGAAGAAGGAUGUGGAUGGCUGGAGGACAAGGGUCAGCGAUCUCGAGAAACAGCUUGGGAUCAUGACGAACCGAGUUGAUGCGGAGAGGCGAGAGGCCUGGGUGGCGCGUUCGCGAGUAGGGUUGUUGGAAGUUGAGAAGGCUUCUUUGGUAAAGAGGUUUGAAGCGGUCGAUGAUGCACUCAAGAGUCUUGAGGAGGACAAAAGGGUACUUCAAGAGGAAAACAAGGUGUUGCACUUGACCAACUCUGAAACGAAGCAGCGUGUCAAACAUCUCGAAGCCGAGGUGGAAACUCUCAAAAAGCAGCUUCAAGUCCACCGUUUUGACCCCCUUGCUACCCCCACCACACCCAGGAAUUUUGAUGCCGCCCAUCCGAGAAUGCGAGGUCUUGGGUUUACCUCCAUGGAUUCUGAGAGUUCUGCAACAGAUGUGGAAGGAGAUUCUUUCGAUGACCAUCAGCGUAACUUUGGGUUCAUGCUCAAAGCCGUUGAAGAAGAAUCAGAAGCUGACGGAGAUGAGUACUCGGAGGAGGAGAAUGGUCUUGCUGGUUAUGAGGAUGAGGAGGAAUCAGACGUUGAUUUCCCCACCUCAUCGUCUUUUGGAUCAGAGGACAAUCAACCUCGGUCGCUCGCACGGCUUCAGAUGGGAAACGCGCCGACAAAUUCUCAACCCACUCCACUUGCAUCCACUAAUGUCUUCGUACCUGCUGGUCCUACUCACGCAUCCAGGGCUUCUUUGUCAAAGACCUGGACAUUCCCCAAAGGUCCCGUAGUUCAAGGUCGUUCACAAGACAAGGAAGACAAUUCAGUGGAUCGCUUUUUUGGAUGCCUGGAGGAGCUUGAUGCAGACAGCGAUGGACCGGCACUUACGAGUCCUUCAGUUUUGACAUAUGAAACGAGCAAGGGAAUUUUUGCGAGCGGCUUCACGUACGGAUCGGCUGAUGACAAUGCUCCUUUCUUUUUGCCAGGCGGUGUUGGUGUUGUGGCCGAGGGACCUGCUGAGACCGCUGAAAAGCGGCUUUCAGCUGUCGCCGAAGCAGAAGAAGACGAUAACAAGCUUGGUGCGGAUGGAGGGGAUGAUGAUAUGUUUGGUGAAGUCGGGGGGAUCCGCAUUACUUUUACCCCGCCUGAAGAGAUUGAAGAAAAACUAGAGCCUAAGCAGCUCCAAAUCUCUCCCGUCAAACCGGCUUCCAAACCUCCUGUACUUCCUGUCCUGAAUUUCUGUGGUGAAGACGAGGAUGAGGAGGAUCUCGGUGCCAUUCCUUUCAAUUUUGGUCGUUCCGUGACGUCUGAACGUCUACCUUCGCCGCCUCCUUCCCAGCCCAUCACGAUUUCAUCUCACUCGUCAAUUCCCUGUCCAACAUCGCCUCGUGCUGCGUCCCCUUCGUCAAUUCCACGUUCUACGGCAUUCAGGCGUUCAAUUCAUUCUCCCAAAAUUUCUGCGUCAACCCCACCGAAGCCAACAUCCGGGUGCUUUGUUAACUCUCUUGAUUUUUCUCCCAGUGCAUACGUCACCCCCCCUACAAAACGUGGUGGUGCAAUGCCAUCGUUCAUCCCUCAACCUGUCUCAUCACCUUCACCUAUGCGAAGUGCACCAGCUAUGUCAAAGCCAAAGGCGGUGCCCACCUCGACAUUUAUCCCCCAACCUCUUCGGAAACCUAUCGUUGCAGCAAGCAAUGGCAAGAGCCAGAAUGGUACAAACGAGCACAUGCCGAUGAACACCCGCUCUUCUCAUAGAUCCCCUGCUGAUACAACGAUCGCAGCACCGUGUUCCCAAUCGUUUUCAGAAAUAAAGAGUGUUGCGGUUUACGACUACCCUGACUCUGUGCCCCAACCAUACCCCUCUGUCGAUUCUGAAAAAUCCAUUCGGUCAGCACCAUCUUCGUUCUCAUCCAUCAUGUCCUCCCCGCUUGCGGCACGACUCCCGUUUCAGGCCUUUUCCAAUUUCAUGUCAUGGGCUCCGCGUUACACCGAUGCUGCCAUUUCCUCGGCCCCAUCUCGAUCCGAUCGCCAGCCCGAGGCUCCUCGUCCCAUAUCUCACAAGCAGGUCUUUGUAUCCCGAGAACAGCAACUUCGGAAGUUAAAACUCCGUAUGGAAACCGAGGGCUCGUUGGUGAUGAGGGAUUCAGUUCAAAUCCAUUGCAAAAGGUGCGAUGACGGAUUAGUUUUGCUCUGA